UGAAGUAAUUACACUUAUCAAAAUUAAUUAAUGCCGAAAAAGACAUGUUACUUUUGCAUAUUGUUUUACAUUGUAUUCUGAAUAUAAAUUAAACAAGAAUGACAAAAUCACACGGGAAAUUAUGAAAAAUACACUUGUUUACCUGCUACUGGUGUGCACUGUACAUUUUGCAUACACAAAAUGUCCUGCGCCAUACCCAGGAGAACAUGGACCUUGUGGACAAACGUGUGGCUUGAGUAGUCAUUGCAGUUCAGGGUUAUGGUGCUGUACUACCCCCUGUGGUGGGACGGUGUGUAAAAUACCAGAUAUACCAAGGCAGCCCACAUUACAUCACCACGAACCACCAGCUAUACCUAUACCAAAGCCGACACCAGUCCACCACUAUCAGCCGCCAGCUCACCACCACCAACCACCCGCUCACACACCAGUUAUACCAAAGCUGACAACAACCCACCACCACCAGCAUCCAGUUCAUGUACCAGAUAUACAAACGCAGACGACACUUCAACACCAUCAGCAACCAGCUCACACACCCAUUAUACCAACACAGACGACACUACAUCACCGACAACCUCUAGCUCACAAUGCAAUUCCUCAUAUCCCACCUAUACCAACACGUCAAGAAGCUCAACAACAACUAUCCUUAUAUCAAGAAUUGUUUCCAGAACUUCAACCAGGUUUUCAACAACAAGUGCCAUUAUUUAUAGAUCCAAACCAACAAAACGUCCAAGCAGAUAUCAGCCACCAAACUAAUAUAUAUCAAGAUCAAGUAGUAAAUAUAAAAUCAGACGUGUUUCCAGACCACGCCCAUGAACAGCAUUUCAUGGACAGCCACACACAGCCUCCCUUAUUCCUAGAACCACAACAAGGUAUUCCACAAUACAACAAUUUCCCAACUGCUCCUCCCAGUAACCAUGGUAACACUAGAGUAGAGGAAACAUGUCCACCAGAUCAACCAAGAGUUCAAUGCUGGCAUGAUCCAUGCAACGGUAGAACGUGCACAAACUUUCCUGUAGCAGUUUGUGAGGUCAAUCAUUGUGGAGAUUGCAGUGCAAUGUUUACAAUGGCUACUGUAGAUGUCACCAGAGGCUGUGAAGUUCGCUUAUGAAUGUGUUUUUUAAAGAUAUUUUUUCAUAACUCAUUUAUAAUGACUCAAUAUAUUCUUGUUGAAUAUUAUAUUUAAAAACCAUUCAAGUUUUUGAAAAUAAAAAUAAAAAAUAUGAGCAAAUGGGAGACAACUCCAGAUAAUUUGUACCAAAAAAAUGAAUUCUAGGGAUAAACAGAUAUUGUGUGAUUUUAUCAAUGUGCCCAACUUUUCCUGUAAAAUAAGGAGAUGUACUGGAUAGACAUCAAUGAAACAACUGCUCAACCAUAUUUCUUUUAGACUGUAAGUGGACUUCAAUUUUGAAAUGACAUGAAAAAACAUCAUAUUUGUUAUUUCAUAUAGUAAUAAUCAAUGAAUAAGAAACCAAUAUUUUUUAAAUUCUCCUUUAAUUGGCUAAAAUAACAUACAGACUAAAAAUCCAUGUAUAAAUUGUAUAAUAAGCACCAACUAUAAUUAUGCUGAAGAAAGACUAGAGAUUCUGAUUUUGCAUAAAGACAAAGGGCAGAUAAAAAUAAGUCCAUUUAAUUAUCUCCCCUUUUGUAUAUUAAAAAUAUGUGUGAAAUUCAUUUCAUAUUCAAAAAUAUAAACCAUACAAGUUUAUCUAACUUUACCUAACUUUAAACAAAACUGAGAUCACAUUAAAUAAUUGCUUUAUGUGACAUCACUGUGAGAAGCAUUUUUCACCAAUUGUUAUAACUACAUAAUAUAUAAAGAAACAUCAUUUAUUUUUUUAUAUCUUUGAAAAAUUACAAUGGAUGAAAAGUCUUCAUUUUUAGUUUUGGAAAAGAAUGUAAUUCAGGUUAUAAACUAAAAACUAAAAAUUAAACUUUAAUGUAUCUGUGAGCAGUUUUGCUGUGAUAUUGGCCACAAAAUGAAAUAAAUCAACUGUAGCCAAAUUUUAAGACUUAUAUAUAAGUUAAACUACAGAUUAUUGCUGUGUAUAUUAUCAAAUAAAAACGAGGCAACACUUACUUUGAGUUGACCUUAUUAUUCACAAACAUAAAGCAAAAGGACUCAAGUUGGAUAGAACUUAUAUGGGUUUUUUAUUUACAUUCCCAUUCUCCAAAAAAAAAUGUUUCACAAUUUCAUAUAUUCUCAUUAACAAACUUACAUUGUAUCUGAGGUUUCAUGAGUGGAAACUUUCAAUAAACUUUACAGCAAAAGGACUCAUACAUGAAGCUGAUGAAUAAAAACCAUCGCAAG